AUGGAAAGUGGAGUUAUUACUGACUCGCAGAUCAGUGCAUCGUCCGUGUACAGUAAUCAACAUGUCCCACAAAAUGCCAGGUUACAAUUCAAGGGGGCCAAAGCCCCGUUUGUACCUGCUGGCUGGCGAGCUGGUGAGCGAAACACCAACCAGUGGCUUCAAGUGGAUCUUCAGCAAACCACAAGGGUAAUAGGCAUAGCGACGCAAGGGAGACAUGAUUACGAUCAGUGGGUUACUAAAUACAAGCUACAAUAUGGCGAUGAUGGACAACCUUACAGUGUCUACAGGCGAAACGGAGACAUAUCAGACACGGUAUAAACGAGAAUGACUUUUUGAGCAAGAUGCUUUUUUUCCUUUUUGCUGCGAGGGUGAACCAAAGAAAAACAAGUAAGAGUUUCCAUGAGUUAUAGAACCUCAGAGAUUCGAAUUUUGCGCUUCAAUGCCCUAACGCUACGCCAUAGCGACUUUACAGGCAGCUGAGCCAUUACAAGGUUCAGCUGAGCUAUUACGAGGUCCAUCAUAUGUUCAAACAUGAGCUUUUCUCUUUUUGCUUUUUGUGAAGUCGAGAUACUUGAGAACGCUAGAGAACGAGUAGUAGAAUUUAGUGAGAUCAAACUGUAUUAGUUUAUAUCUAUAUUUAUGUUUGAUUGCUGAUAAACAUGUAGAAAAGCAUCUACUAAGGUUCUAGGUUUAGAGUUAGCGCUCCUGUGUAAUGCAUAGCUUCGUCAACUUUACAUCCCACAAUAUUCUACUCAGGUUUUCCCAGGAAACACUGACAGGGACACAGUUGUGUAUCACGAUAUUGACCCGAUCAUUGAUGCUCGCUUCGUUCGAGUUCUUCCGAUGGAUUGGAUUGGCGCCAUCGGAAUGAGAAUGGAGCUUUACUCUUCUCAAAGUAAGUUACUGGCUGGAUUAUUGUGCUUCACUCUAAGAAAUGAUCACCAUAAAACUUCUCCCUUUAAUAUAAAGAAAAACACCAUUUAACUUGGCGAAAUGCGAGGCAAUAGCGCGCGUACACGACGCGUUCUAUCCGCUUACGCAGGUUUCACGUGUUUCUUAUAACAUCCUCUUCAACUGUCCUAUUACACUGUCCAAUUACAAGCAUGAUGCGUACACUGUCCUCUAAGUGAUCAAAUAAGGCUAGUGAUAACGAAAUACCUUCAAACAUUUUUUCAUUCUUUUGAUUACAUACGUAAUUGCAAUAUGGCAGUGAAGCUCAAACAUUUUAUACGGCAUCCCAACCCUAACCCUAAACCCUAAACCCUAGCCCUAACCCUGACCUAACCCUAACCCUGAGCAAUUUUUUAAGUAAUGAACAUGUAACUUCUUUUAGCGUUUAUUUUCAGAAUACGUCAUCCAGCGAGCAUACAGAUGAAAAGAUGAGAUGAAUCUAUCAGCUGAUAGGUACUUUUUCUGAUAGAGCACCAAAUUUUCUGAACUUGCACUAUGUCUACUGGUAAACGCAUAAUAGCUGAAAGGAUGAAUUUUCAAUCAAAUCUUGAAAGUCUAACGGUUAAGGCGGGGGAAUUGAAAUAAAUGGCAUUGAACUAUAUUGUGCGUGCUCGCUUAUGAUGUUUUGUCUCCAUAUUUUCUUAUUUGUAGACGAAUAACAGAAGUUUACGAAGAAUAUCACUGUGAUGUAAUCCCUCCUUUGCUGACACGAUGUAAUCCUUGUUUGUGGGCUACAAAGUGCAACACCUACUUGACUGAUGCACCAAUUAAUUAUCGUUAUUAAUAACAGAUUGAAUAGUAGUUUAAGCGUAUAAGUCAUUAUUAUUAAUGAUGUGAGCCAAAUGCACCAAUGGCAGCACAUAAAAACGCACCUGUGAAAACGAACGAACGAACGAAUAUUCUCUUUUUGGAGCCUCAUGUUCAAUUAACCUCAGUGCCUGACGAAGACCAAAGGUGUGGUGUUCGAAAUGUAGCUUAUGUUUGGAUGGCCUCGAUGAAAACCAAGGUAGUGUCUUGUAAUAAAAUAUGUAAUUUUUCAUGGUCUCUUAACUACUUCAACAAUGUAAUUGGUUUUGUUUCGUUUGAAGUGGAUACAUAAGUCAGUAUUCAUUAUGAAAAGAGCGGCAAGGAACCUCUGAUGAGUUGGCAUGCCGUUAAAACGUGUUUACCAAGUGUUUUAGUUAAACCUGCCAAAAUGCAAAUGAAUAUCGCGUGUGAGUGUAUACUCAGAUAGCCAGAGAUAUUAUGCUUUGGAAUUGUUGAAAAUUAAUAGCACAAUAAAGGAACUUUGUACAGCUGUUAAGGUUCAGAGACUGGUAUUACACUUCUUAGGGCGAAACUGGUAUUGAUUAAUAAUUAUAAUAAUAAUGAUAAAAAUAUUGAUAAUAAUAAUAACAUUGAUUAAAAAUUGGCAGUGAACACCUUGGCUCUUCUAGUCCGCAACAGGAAAAUAUUGAAAGUCCUUAACUUUUCGCGACAGACGAAUCUGAGAUUAAUAUGAUAAAAAUACUUCAUUUAUAUAAUGCUAUUUCUAUCGCUAUCCAAUAGCGCUAUGCAAUGAUUUGAAAAUAUCUCACGUAGAAAUAUCUAGAACAUGAGUACGAUAAACUAACUAAUAAAAUAACUAAGCUGUCAAAAUUAGUAUAAAAACUAAGAACAAUAAAACAUCGUAAUGAAAUUUACUAACUAACUACCUACCUACCUAUCUAAAGAACUAUUUAACUGACGAACCAAUAGUAAAAUAUCUGGUUAAAAAGCUUUCCUAAAAAGAUGUGUUUUAAGAUUGCGCUUGAAUUGCAACAAAUUGACGCUUGAGCGGAUUUCCAGCGGCAGUGCGUUCCAGAGUUUAGCCGAGGCUACAGAAAAUGAUCUUGAACCAUAUCUGGUAAGUUUGUACACAACGUCAACCAAACGAUGGCCAGUAAUUGAUCUUAAAUAGCGUCUGGGCACAUAUUUUGUUAUAAGAUCGCAGAGGAAUUUUGACGCUUAGCGGUUCAAGCAUUUAAAUGUCAAUAAAAGAAUCCUAAAACAAUGCGCUCUUCAAUAGGCAACCAGUGGAGUUUACAAAGUACUGAUGUUAUAUGAUCACAUUUACGCGUAUGAGUAACAAUCCUGGCUGCUGCAUUUUGAACGCGCUAUAGUUUCCUGAGUGAUUCCUUUGGUAGACCAUACAAAUAUAAGUUGUACAGAUGAUGUACUGAUAUAUAAUAAUACUGAUAAAUAUUGUAAUAAAAUACGGAUACUGUAUCAGUGUUCUCCCUUAUUUUAAGCAUGACAGGUAAAAUAAAUUUUCAAACCGGUAAAGCAAUCCUUUUACCUGUUGAAUUUCAAGAAUUCCAAGCGAUUCUAAACGGUAAUAAGAGGCACUACAGGCGGUAAAUGUUACCGGUUACCGCCUGAAAAGGAGAACACUGGAUACUACAAUAGACUGACACUAAAUUAAAGAAUAGUUCCCUUGUUUAAAGUCACUGAACUGACCUUAAUGCUCACACUUAGCGUUUAUAGGAGUUCACGCAUUUUACAUCGCAUUACUUUAACUUUUAGCAGUGAUAAAAAUGAAACUUAUCCCUAGGUUCUUAAUACAUAAUCUUAAAGCAGGCGAGAAAAUGAGAUGAAUCUAUCAGCUGAUGGGUUUUGUAUUUGAUUAAGCAUCAAAUUAUCUGAACCUGUUUACAAAUAAAAGUAUAGGAGCUGAAAGGAAGAAUUUUCAAUCAGAUCCUGAGAGUCUAACGGUUAAGGCAGGAGAAUUGAGAAAAACGGCCAAAACUAUCUUGUACGUUCUUAUUAAUACUGUUUUUUUUUUCUUAUUACUUUUCAUUUUGUAGCCGAAUAACAGCACCUUAAAAAAGAAUGUCACUGUGAUUUAAUCCCUCCGUUACUGACACGAUGUGAUUGUUGAUUUUGGUUUCCGAGAAUAGUAGCUGCUGGACUGAUUAGCUAGUUAAUUAUUGACAGUUUUAGCUUAAUAGUCGCUCUGAUUCAUGAUAGUAGCAAAACGCACCCGUGGCAGCACAUUAAAACGCACCUGUAAAACGAACGAACAUGCUCUUUUGGAGUCUCGUGUGUUCUGAAUCGACAUCAAUUUCCAACGAAGA